AUGGAUCAGGAAUUAUUUACAUUGUUGGAGUACGUUCAGCAGAAUAGUGUCAUUCCCACCGGUGAACCGGAAAUAGAAAAACGAUUUGACGUAACCAGUGUCAACAAUAUUUCGGCGCAGCAGAAUAUACCGGAGAUGUAUAGUGCUGCGAACGUAUCACAGCCUGUGGAAACCAAUUUUUACGAAUCAUUUCAAGAGUUGUUUAGCCUCGAUUAUGAUACAGAUCAUGUUCCAUUCUACGAAGAUCCAACGCUUGUGGAGUCAUACACUCAUGACACGGCGGUUGUUAAUCUACAAAACGACUAUUCAACAGGCAACAUCGAUCGCAUGCCAGCGGAGCAGAACCCAUCAACAGCAGAGCUUUCAGCAUACCUAUACGAACCAUCAACGGGUGCAACAGAAACAUAUAGAUGUCACUACUACUAUUCGACCUUCCAGUCAACAGAAUGUUCAUCACGGGAUGAAUAUAUUUCAUGCGAUUUCACUAAACCACCAGCGGACACUACCCAUUCUUUGAUUGGUUUUGUUACGAACGAUAAUUUAGAACAAAGUGUCCAAAAGGAUCAUCAUAAGCAGAUCCCGACGUCUGCUCCAAAAUUAACUAAUGACGAACCAAGUGAUCAGUCAAAUGUGGCUUUAUCCACUGAAUUCGAUAAACUGCAAAGUGCUGCUGCUACAAAAACACCUCUCGUAUCAGCUGGAGUACCGAAGAAGCCCACUCAAACGAAGGUACGAAAACCAGCGCUAAAGCCGGCAGUAGUCAGCGAAUGGCGGUGUGUCCCAUGCGACAGGAUGUUCCGCAUUGAAAGGGGAUUACUGCAACACAACCUCUAUUUCCAUUCUGGAGUAAAGCCAUACAGCUGCAACGUUUGUGGCAAGCGGUACCACGAUCAGCAGACGACGCUGCAACAUCAACGACGACACGCAGCAGUGGAUAAACCUUUCAAAUGCGAAAAGUGCACGCGGCAAUACCAUCACCCAUAUGAUCUGAAGCGACACAUCGAUUUGCACCACGGAGUUGCGCGGUAUAACUGCAGAUACUGCGGAAAGGCGUUUGGCCGCGCCGAUCACGUUAAACUUCACGAAACGAGCCAUGAUAACGGCACCGUAAAGCGCAAGCGCAAGAAUUAG